AUGCACAAGCUGAAAUUCCUUUGUAAUAUUCUAAUGGGUGUAGUUAUAAUCGCUGCAGGAAUAUUGAAGAAUCGUCUGUAUUACCACGAAUUCCCUGUGACUUUGCCAAGCAUGAUCGCGUCAUGGGGUGCGCUGCUGGUUUCUUUUUUCGUAGCUCAGCGACACAAGUUCCCUGAUAAGCUGCUGUGUCUGGUGGUGGUCAUUCUCAUUUUCUACAGUCUUGUUGCACGCUACUGUACCAAACACAUGGAUUGUAUCGUUAUCGCGCUGUGUGCGCCCUCCAAGGUCAUUUUUACAUGUAUACUGGUCAAACUGUUCUUUCAGCUCAAGCUUUCUCGAUGGCAGAUGCUUGGUCUGUCGCUGAUCAUUGUGGGCAUCAUACUCCCCAAUGUUGUUGUAAAAGACAACGAUUUUUCCAUUAUAUCACCCCAGAAAAUAGGUAUAUGCAUAUUUGCCGGUCUGCUCUUCAGUCUGUUGAAUUUGACCUACGAACUCUAUCAAAGAAAAAAGAAGCCGUACUUCUGGGACCUGGUAUUUACGGGAUCCGUAAUAGGAGUGGUUGUUUCAACCGGCAUAUUGGUCACUGAAAUGACGAAAUCUGAUUCAACCAUUAAAAUACUUGCACGGAAAAAGACAACGUACGUUCUUUUGGCGGCAGAGUACAUCGAAUUAGCUUUGAAAGCGUUUCUACUUUACGUGACAUCCCCUAUAUAUAGAAGUAUUAUUUUGAUAUUGCUGUCAAUCUUUACAGGGAUGGUUGAUACUCUCAUUUUUGGGCUGGAAACAAUUCGAUUUGUGGAUAUCUUGGCGUUCUUUACGGCCAAUAUGGGGCUUAUCAUGUUUGACUAUAACGAGUUGAAAAAAAUGUUUAUACCAGAAAAAAAAGAUAAAUUGGAGGAGGAGGUUGUUGAAAAUCAGCUGAUAGAAUGCGAGUGAUGUAAUUUUAAAUCAUGCUGUUCGC